AUGACCAUUUUGGUCAAUGUUCCAACAAUUUCGCUGACAGAUGCAGGUUGCCUUGUCGUCUAUGACACACUUGAUUGGAUGGGUAACAUUAUAAAUAUAAUACUGGGCAUCAUCAUGAUUGCUUGGUUACAUGCCAUGUAUCAGCAAUCCAGAAAGGUGCUGAUAUUUCUCGUUGUCAUCUUUCUGGCAAUUAGAAUUGCCAAUGCAGUGAUGCUCGCAAUAGAGACGACGCAGAUUGCAGGGGAGGAAUACAUUCUCUCCGGCACCUAUCAGUGCACUGGCUACCUAGGAGAUUACAUAUUUCUGGUCUCCGUGACUUGGGUACUUUCCACUGCAUGGGAGGUCGUUGUACUGUGUUUCACGAUCUGGAUUGCUGUAAAACACUUCCAUGAACUCCAACAACACUCGACAAGUGGUAUUAUCGGGGACUGUUUCACAGUGUUAAUGCAAACUCAUGUUAGUUACGUUGCAAGUUUUUGGCUCUCUCUUGCUUCAAGAUUGGACAUGUAUUCCCUGGAAUAUCAGAUUUUUAUUGGUAUCACUCGGAUACUCCAGACGGUGCAGUUGUUUGUGCUGGGACCACGCCUGAUCCUUGGUGUUCGAGAAUAUCAUGCUGAGCUCGUAGCCAACUCUGAUACAGCAUCUGCUAUGACUUCAAUUGCUUUUCAGGAGCGUGUCCAUGUGUCAACUAGCAGCACUGCUCCUAUGCACAGAGUACCUCUAGCAGGACCGUGGCUCGUUGAUCAGGUUCCCAAGCGGAUCCAGGGGAUAACGAGGGGGAAUGGCGAGAAAUGUGCAGGCGCAGACGGACCGACUGAACUCGUAUUUGUGCAGUUCGUUGUGGAUUCAAGCUCUCAGGACCACAAUAUGUCUUGCCACCAAGAGAAUGAUCAUCCUCGGGUCCAAAAUUCGGUCCAAAGUAUCCGAGCAAGUAGUCUCAGAGAGUCUGUCCAGGUUGCAGGAUCAGGACAGUACAUGUUUACGGAACUACGUCAUCCGCCUUUCGCUCAGCUGAACAGUGUCCUGGUGCUCUUUCCAAGACAUGCAGCACCCAUCAGUGACGAAUUCCGUGUUGUCGAUCACUGGGGGUUUGGAAUGUUCCAUGACGAUGCUGUUCAGCCGGUCGAAGAACAAAAUGAAGAUAGUCGUUAUCUCUAA